GUUAAAUAGUAUCGUUGACCUUGAGAUCCAAGUUUUGAUACCAUCUCCAUCCUUUCACAACACCAAUGGCUCCAGUCUCUCUUCACCCGUCGUCACACCCGUUUCUGACGCCUACGCGCGCAUCGGAUAUAUCGUCAUGGACACUGUCGGUACCUGAACGGAGUUCGAGCUCGUCCACUGAGUCUAUCACCGACGCUCAGUCACGCCAAGCCGCCAUCGAAGCCUAUCGACAGAUGAAAGCUGCUCUCUUCUCGAGGUCUCUCCAUUCAAACCUCUCCCGGUCUACCUGAUCAUCUUUCACGCUGCUGCGACACUGCAAUAGCACUGUUCUGGCAUAUUGCCGCAUCACGAUUUACGAAACACUCUCCACCAGGACGACCCAUUAUGAAUCAACGUCGUCCUCAGAGUUGCCUAUCACUAGAGUUUCAAUUGGCUAAACUCUCAAUAAUAUCCCGAUGACCUGGUGUGGAGUUAUAAUUAGGGCUUCCACAGCUGCCUUUUAGGGGGUUUCUGGAAAUGAAGUGACCAAGCCUUAUGGUAGGUGUUUGGAGUACAGAUACUAUGUAAUUAGAUCAGGUUUUGUUACUUAGUCUUUGGGUUUCGGGACAAUGAAAAGCGAGGCGGCGCGCUAGAGCGUUUGGAACUAUAAUUUAAUUAUCCCUUAAUGUAGUCAUCUUUGUCUCCCAUACCACUGACGUAGGCCUGUUCACGCGAGUGGCAUUCGAGUGCA